GCCGACUUCUCCAUUCCAAACCCCCCUCUUCUCUCUCUCAUCUUUAGCAGGAGCGAAUGUUUGAUCGAUCGGAAGCUGGAAGACGAGUCACGUUUAUUUCUCACUUUUUAGGCUUCCCCUGAUUGUUUCUGGACUGGCCUCCCUCCCUCAGAGCCUGCUGUUGACUGUGAGGGAUUUUGCUUCCAGACGCUAGUUUUCAUCGACUACACAAACUUGAUAGGCAGGCAAGCUAGCUAGCUAGCCACCUAGCUAACUUGCUAACUAGCUUGCAGUGUUGUUAAGGGGGACCUCGUUUUCCUUUCUUUUUCCCCCCUUCCCCGUGUCAGUGUUGGAGUGUUUUUGUCAUUGCGCUGUAACUGGCUGUGGGUGCGUCCCCUGACACCUGAAGACUGUUUGCGGGUGAAGUUUGAGCCGGUUGUUCGCAGCUAGCGUGCUCGAUACAGCUUGCUAGCUCGCUAGCUAACACCCUGCGCAUUUAGCCUGGAAGCCAGUUCGAGGCCUCAGUCCAGCACCACCUCCAGCAGAAGCUACCACAGUGUUUGCAGAGCCGUAUAGUGAGAGUUGACAGCUUACUUGGUGACACAGAGACUUCUCCCUGAGGAGCCAAGAAGCAGACGGCUCAUGACUUCUGACCAGGACACGAAAGUUGUAGCUGAACCACAGGUGCAGCAAGUACAAGAGGCAAAAGAGAACUCUCAUUUGGAAUCUGCCAAGGUUUCGGACCUCAACCCCAAUGCGAAAGCAUGGGCCAACCACAUGUUUAGCCUGGACCCCAGCGGGACUGCCGACACCACAACUGCUGCCCUGCAGCCAUGGAAGGAAGGCUGCGAUAGUUCGGCCGAUCCCGGCCCAGAAGGCUAUGAAGCCAGUGAAGACAAGGCUUACAAGGAGCCCCUUCUAACCGACCCAGAUGAGCCUCCACCGGUACCAGUAAUGCUGGCUGAGCCAGCCGCCGUCACUCUGGAGUGCUCCGAGUCAGCCUACACAGAAUACCCCAAGCCUGGGCAGCCAGGGCACACAGGCAGUGAUCCCCAGCCUGACAACCCCCAGGAGGGCUUGAGGGAGCACCUGAAGAAGACCCUGGAGUUCUGUCUUUCCCGGGAGAAUCUGGCCAGUGACAUGUACCUCAUCUCCCAAAUGGACAGUGACCAAUAUGUGCCAAUUGUGACGGUGGCCAACCUGGACCACAUCAAAAAGCUCAGCACGGACGUGGAGCUGAUCGUGGACAUCUUACGAUCUUUGCCAUUGGUCCAGGUGGAUGAGAAGGGGGAAAAGGUGCGACCCAAUCAGAACCGCUGCAUCGUGAUCCUCAGAGAGGUUCCAGAGAGCACGCCCAUAGAGGUCAGUGCCGAAACAGGAUGUCCAAUUACACGUCUGUCAUUUGACGCUAAUGUCAUGAGUCAACAAACACUAGAAGCAUUAUUAUUCCAUGGAAAUGGCUCACGCCUAGAACACAAGCAUAGCUUAUUCCCAGCGAGGAUAAAGGCGAAGGCAAUCGCUAUCAACACUUUCAUACCAAAGAACGGGUACCGGCCGGUGGAGGUGAACCCGUACGCUCAGCAGCGCUACACAUCCUACUACAUCCCGCCGGUUUACAGCCCCCAGCAGCAAUUCCCGUUAUACAGCCUCAUCACGCCGCAGGCCUGGUCGGCCACACACAGCUUCAUCGACCCCGCGCUGGUUACUCCAUUUCACAACAACCAGUUCAUCAACGGAUUUACAUCCCACAGUUUCAAACCAGCGACGUCGCCCCUCACUGUCAGACACUACUCGCCCAGGAACAGGAAUCACAGCAAACCUCACCUGAGGCCGACCAUCCCCACAGCGGAUCGCAGCACUGGGCUACUGGACAGCCCGAGCCUCUUUGCCAGCUUUCCCAGCGAGAGGCUCAAUGGGGCUCGCAGCAGCCCGCCAACGCGACUCCCCACCAGCCAACCCAGAACCAGGUUACCCUCCACUGCAGCCUUCCCUCGCAGGGACACUGUGGGCACGGGGCGAGUAACGGAGCCCGCAACCACAGACUACUCGCUGGGGAUCGGCCGAGGAAGGAAAAAGAGGGACGAAAAGUUUACAAGAGUGACGCCUCAGUCGCCGCCUCCGCCCCCAAAACCUCCAUCUCCAAGCUUCGAGCUCGGUCUCUCCAGCUUCCCUCCUCUGCCCGGAGCAGCCGGCCAGCUCAAAACUGACGACGUCUUUGACAACCGACUGGCCAGCAGCGUAGUCGUCGGAAACUCCAAGGAACGGGUAGGAACUGAUGCUAAACUCAAACUGAGCUACAGGUUUGUCAGCGGUGUGGAGGUGAAGGUGACAGAGGUGAAGCCGAAGGAGGCGCAGCUGUCUGUGGAGCGCGUUCCUGGGACUCUGUCCACUGCAAGCAAAUCGGUGCAAGUCAACGGUGCUGCCACAGAGCAGAGGAAGCCCUCCUACGCCGAGAUCUGCCAGCGGGUGAAGGACGCCCCGACGUUACAGCAACCAACCACCCCUAAGGAAGCUAAGCCAGCCUGCGCCGCCACAGCAGGCGAGGAGAGGAAGUGCCCCGACGCCUCCACGCCUUCAGGGGAGGCCAAGGCCAGAGAGACUUACCACCCCUCCUCCAAACCCAGUUCAACGGGUGCCACCACAGGCAGACCCCCGAAGGAGGUCCGAAGGCCGGGUGGGCGGUGGGCCUCUCCGCCCCCACACCCAGGGAAAACCCCCAACAAAGAUUCCCACCACACCCCACCCAAAUCCCCGCAGUAGGGUGACCUCUUUCCCCACUACUAUGCUCCACAGAUGCGUUUAAAAAAAUAAAGGAAAUAAAGUCAGGGCUACUCGAUACUUAUAUCCCAGAAUCACCCGUCACAAACAAGCAUAGAGGACGCCUUCUUUUCUGGAUCAGGGCUUGCAGACAAAAAGCACUUUACUGUGCAUGUAGAGCACCGUUUCUUUUUCUUUAUAUUCUAUUUAUUGUUUUUGCUUUUUCACUUUUAUUUCUCCUUUUCUCUUUUUGCAUUACGUAGUGGUGUCAGCCGGUCAGGUGGCACAGACAACACUGAAAUUUGUUCAUUCUGUCCAAAUGGCCUUGUGGGAUUAAAUUAGCCGUGUGUGUGCGUGUGUGUGCAUGUGUGGGAAGCAGCAGGGCAUUGUUGGAAGCCACCCCAAAGGAUGAUGGGAAAGGGUGCAUAAAACAGACUCCAUCUUGUUUGGCUGUCAUAGCGAGGGGUUUGUUUGCAUGUUGAGUGGCAGCAUUGUGCAACUUUAAGUGGCUUAAUUAUGGGUCAUUAUUAGUCCUUUUGUUUUUAAAUACAUAUUCACAUCCAUAUGCAACUCAACAUCACAAGAAGACUUGGAUCCUUUGGUUUACAGAGAAUUUUUUUGCAGGUUUGUUUACACUAGGUGGCUUUUAUGUCUUUUUGGGGUUUUUUGCAAACCGUAGUUGGCUGUUGGUACAGUAAUUGGUCAUCCUCCCCUCGGCGUCUUCUCCCUCUGAUCCUGUUCUUAAAGGAUCACCCCUCCUGCUGUUAUUCCCUCUCUGUUUUGCUAACAUGCUAACUCACCAUAGUGUGCGUCUGUGGCUUAACGUGGGGUCAGCACUGUUUUGUUUUUUGUUUUUUAGUAUCACACAGGAAGGGCACAUGACUUUCUCUAAAACGAGGCAUCUGUUGUAAAAGUGGAAGUAGGUGAGGUGUUGCUCACACUGCAUACGAGUCUGCAGACAUUUAACUAGUCAGGAAGCUAAAUUCUCUCCCCGCUUUUCAUUUCCUGUCAAACUGUUGAUCGUUAUUGUGGAAGGAAGGAAGAUGCAGGGCAGGUUUUAGGCUGACAAACGUAAAAUCGAGCGGUGACGAGGAAGCCGCUUCUUCCCAUCUGAAAGGGUUUUGUUUAUUCUGGAGGCGAGGAAACGCUGGCAAGCAGGAAGGAGGAAAUUAACACUAGCUACCAGCUAUCAGCUCAGUAAACACGUCUGUUUACAGGCGCCAAACGGAGGGUUUUUUGGUUUUUGUUUAAUCUUCUGGAAAUCUGCUGAGACAGAGUGACUCAUCAGGAGGCUGAGAUGUGCGUUCGUUUCCAGAGUUCAGUGUGGCGUUUUGAUCCAGCGGGAAGUUUCCUGUUCAAACUGUUCAAACCUCCUUUCAAACUGUGGCAUGUUUGUAGUUCUUUCUCCUACUUAUGGUGCUAGAUAUCAAAACCUGGAACCUGUUACUACAACUCCUCUGAUACUGUAAGUAGAAAUACUUGAUUUACAUCUGCAGACGUUUAAUUGCACUGUUGUUGUUUUCUCAGACUCUCGCAAGCAAAUUCAUGCGAUUAAUCCUACCUAAAGUGGAAAAAGGGACUAACUUUGUUUUGUUUUGUUUUUUGGGGGGGAAAGUUGGGGAAUGACACACACACAGUUCAGUUUUCCAGGAGAGAAGUUGACAAACACCCUGCUGCAUCGUCUCCAUUGACACAAUCACUGAAGCUUUUUUGUCUCGUCGGUCAUGUUGAAGCAUCUGUGCAGCAUUAAAUUUUCGAAGACUGAUGCUUAACGUUUUUUUGUUCGUUUGUUUGUUUUUGGUUGGUGCUGCUUGAAUAGACAUGCAGUGGUUUGGAUUUUUAACUUCGGGUUUCGUGUCAGUGAGGAUUUUGUUGGAAAGUGGUGAAAAUGGGGAAGUGGGAUGGUUGGAUAGACAAGUAUAUUUUUAUGAAGGUAAAUAACGAGUGGAUUUUUGUUUUUGUUUUUUGUUUUUGUUUUUUCUGGAACGUGGUUUGCAAUGUUGAAGUGAGAGAGCGAUAAUUUGGCGGUGGGGGUCCCGUCGGACUCGUGAACAGCCUUAAAGCAAACAUUUAAGUGCUGGAAGGUUUGGAGCAGGAAGGUGUGUAAAAUCCAUCCUUGGGGUGAAAAUGUUCCGCUGUUUUCCUCAAGUCUAUACCACUAGGAUUGUUUAUUAUUGUUGUUUGGGGGUGGUUUUUUCCCCUCCUCUCUGUCGGCGUGCUUUGUUGUUUUCUUUUAGUUUGUUUGCACUCUUUGAUUUCUCCGAAAAAAUUGGAAAAGAUCAACCGGAGCACACGAGACUUCCUCUGUUGCCGCUUCACUCUGGUUACCUUUGAUAAAUGGCAGCAGACAGGAAGAAGAUUUAAAGCACAGAGUAAGAGGAAACAUCCUUUACUCACAUCGAGCCCGGCUCGUUUGAAGCGCCGGCACCCAGUUGGUCAGAGCUUUCAUGGGACAUAAUCGAAGCAGCGAUUUUUAUACCAGAGCUGGUGGAAAAUUUUGCAUCCUGCACCAGAGUGAAGUAGCAAGCUCGCACGUUCAGGGAGGGCAGCUCCAGCUUUGGUUGGAAGGUCUGCCUACUGUAGCAACCACUUUGGCAGAUAACCAACCGAGUGUGUUUUUUAAUUUGAAUGUAACUGUCUGAAAAAUGACUUAAAAGGCUUCCCUCCCUGCUCCUCGGUCAUGUGCUCGGGUUCAUCUUUUGAAGUCGUCACCUAAGAUGCAAAAACACCCUGAAAAAAAUAAAUAAAUAAAAACCACUGUACUAUACACAAUAUCUGUUUAGGUGGGACCUCGCAUGUCUCGCUGAAGUCUUCCUGCAACAAAAAGCAUUCUGGGUAAUCCCACUAAGAGAAAACAGGAGCCUGGAGAAGGGAAAGCUUCAUUUAAAGAGCCUGUACUCCUGGUCGGAGCUGCUUUUGAUUUGGACGCUACAGCUUGAGUUUAGUGAAAAAAGAAAAUAUUUUUUUAUUAUUUUGAAGGACUGAGAUGCACUUGGAUGGGUCUAUUAUUUUCUCUUUUUUGUUUUCCUCAUUGGUGGAAAUGGUAAAACAGAUGUAAAUGCACCAUAUCCACUUAUUUAUAAAGCAGUGCUGUUUAUUCCACAAGAAAUAUCAUUAAGUUUUCUUUUUGGGAGAAGGAAAAAAGGAUGUAUUGAGCUCUCAAUAUAUAUAAAUAUAUAUAUAUAUACACACACACAUAUAUAAAUGUGUGUGUGUGUGUUAAAAAAAAUCCAUCCAGUGUUUGAGAAACUUGAAUUUUAUUUAAACUUGAAAAAUGACUUUGCCUUAACUUUUCUACAAGACAAGCAUAGAGUUUAUUUCUUUUCAGAAAAGAUCCCCAAAAUGUUAACGAAGCGUGAGAUGUGGAAAUAUUUAGUCACACCAGACGUCACAAGUCUUACUGCGAGAGAGAGAGAGUACAAAUCUAGCAGCGUUUUCUUUCUUUUCCUACUUUUUGUUUUUUGUUUUGUGUAAAAUGUACGAAAAUCUUGGGUCGUUCUUUUGGUUUCUUGUUCAAUAGUUUCAGGUUUUUUGGUUUUUUUGUGCAGGGGGGGUGGGGGUGGGGGGGAUAAAAACCUUGUAAUUGCAAAUCUAGUCAAUACUGUAUUAAAUAUGUGCACUUUGAAGUGUGUGCUUUGCUUGUACAGAUGUAAAUACUCAGAAAAAUAUAAGAGGUACCUUAAAAUGAUUAUAAAAAUAUAUUGAUCCUUGUUAACUAUAAUGUCGCUAUCGAGCUGGAUGUAGAAUAUAAAAGAAAAAAAAAAAAGACGUGAUGUCGUGCGUUCGGAAAUAUUUUUCUUUAACUAUUGUUUUUCAGUUUGGGUGUGCUGAGUUUGAUUCCUGCUCCGCUCUGCAGUGUGAGCAGAUCAUUUAUUGUAAUUUUUUUUUUUGUUUUCGUUCUUUCAUUCCUUUUUAAACUUUCGCUGUGGGUUCGGUCGCACCUGGAUGCUCAGGUGCGACAGUAACCCCGCCCCUCUGCGUUCACAGUCUGUGGUUCCGACAAAGCCGAGUGUCCACCGGCAUCCUCUUCGAAGCUCUGGCUUCUUUUUCUUUCACUGAUUACAGUUGAUUUUGGGGAUUUUCCUCACAGUGUGUUUGCUUUUUGGACAGUCUGAAUGAAGCUUUUUAGCAAAACAAAAACAAAGCACUACAUGUUGGAUAUUUACUCUGUUUUUGCCAUUGUUGAGUACUCUGCUAACAAUGCCAAAAGAUGAGACGUGACAUGAAAGCUGCAGCUAAAGGCAUUAAUGCAAAACUUUAGGUAACACUAAUACUUAAGAUGAGAUGUUCAUGCAUAUGCAGCUCAGUAGGCUAUAAUCAAACUGCACUGUGUCCACAUUGGUCGGGCAGCAUGACUAGACUGCAGCUUUUAUUUGAGAAUAUUAGAAAUCCUCCAAAUAUCCACCAACUCUGCUUAACGACGACCAUCUGAGGGCUUAUUUUAUCGGUUUUUGUCUGAUGAGCUCAAACUCUAUUUUCUGCUUUCUGUCCAUAUUUUAGGAUGAGUGAGUAUCACAGUUUUGGGGGAAUCAGAUUUCAGGAAAUCAAAAGUGUGAGACCAGGAAGCGAUGAAGCAAGGUUAGCAGAAAAACACUGGACGCCUGGCUCUGUCAUGUUUUAAAUCUGUUUUAAAUUUCACUAGUCAACACAUUUGAUUUUUGCACAUACACCAGUUUAAAUGUGCGGGAAAAUAAAUAGAAACCAAAUAAAUAGCACAUUUCUGUUGUUAGUCAGUGAACGGCACAAAAAAAGGCAACUAAACCUCACAAAUCUUUUUGUGUGGCAGACCGCGUGCAUCCGAUCAUUGGUUUAGCCAUUUUUUGGUUUGUUUUUUCCAAACAGAGCCACGUGCUUUAUUAUAAAGGACAAGCAAAUACCCAAAAUACAUUUUUUAAAAAUCAAGUUUUGUUUUCGUAGAACAGCUAAAAGCUUUCAUGCAAAGGACUAAGCUUCAGUUUUAAAACAGUAAUAGUUUUGCUAGAUGUCGUUUCUCAGAUUUAGUUAGUUUCACUGGUUUUUGUGCUCGGCCCUGUCACACACCUGUUUAUUUAAUGGGUUUCUUAGAGCUUUGUUACUGAUUUUUGGAUUUAUCUGUGAUAAAUCGCAGCGUUCAGAUUGUACCAACCUGCACAGUUAGAGCCAGAGAUGAUCUUGAAAAGCAAUUCAACUUCCUCUUUACCUGAAACUGAACAAAUUUUGCUGCAGACCAACAGGGGGCACCCUGAGUGAACCAGAGUGAAUGAAGCAGGUUUUGUAGUUUUCACAAUCAUUGAUAAAUUGUCAGAUUAGAAAUAAAACAGUUGGUGGGCUUUUAGACUUUGCCCAUAAAAUUCCGGCGUUCGAAUCCUUUCAGAUUGACUGGAUUUACGACAGGAAGCACUCUUUUGAUGGUUUCGGUUUUCACACAAUAAUGAGAUGUUAGAAGUGUAGAUGAGCCACAGCGGAAACUUCAGUGUGCGUAUAAUAAGCAGCUGGUCGUGGUGAUGCCAUCAGGAUACCGUCGAGGUGGUUCAUGCUCCACUGAUGUCUCUCUACAGUCGGAAACCUGUAAAAAUCUAAAAAUUGAGCUUUUAUUAAUCAUUUCAACCACUUCUGUCAGAAACAUGGUGAAGGAAAAUGUUUACUGGAAGUUCAGAGAGUGGGAAGAGUUGAGUAUUUCGAAGUCUGCCGAUAGAGAUCCUGUGCAUGGUAAAUCUGUUCAAGUCCAAUCUGACCAACUUCUGCAAAUGUAUUCUCGGUUUAUCCAUUUCUCUGUGCGUUUGGGUCGGGGUCCAGUAUCCCUUUGGUCUGAUUUCAUUUGGUAAGCAUUUCAGAUGCUGGACAGAAAACCAGAGCUUUUCAGACAGAAAUCAAUAAAAAGAAAGCCUGAACCAUCGAAGCUGGCCAAUCAGCAGCUAAACCGAUCGGGCGGAUGCUGGUUUGCUGAAAAGAGGGAUUCUUGGUGGACACUUCUCGGUUUAGUCGAGGCCAUGUGAUGUGCGACGCCCAUCAGAAGCUUCCCAGUGAAGCACAUCUCGAACACUCGGCACUUGAGGUGGGGGAUUAUUGCAGCCUGCCGCCAGGCGACGACGAGUCUCGGGCCCUCGGAUUGUGCAUUUCGUUUAAAAAACAAGGCGACUCUUUGGAGUCGUCAUUGCGACUGUUGGCGCUAAAAGUUUCCCGCCUAGGUGUCGAUGUGAGCGCGAGACAUCCAAGGAGCCAAAAACCAUUCGACCCGCUCUGUGCAGUUUUGUUUUUUUCUCUUCAGAUUAAUGUUUGUGAUUUCUUGUUCAUGUUCAUCAGCUCCAAGAUUUCCUCUACUGAGAAAUAAAUGUACAAAUGUUUUGUUUUUUUCCUAUGUGCUUUUUUUUGUUUUGGGGGGGGGUUAAAGGCUCAACUGGAAUGAGAGUAGUUUACCUUGUUCAGAGCGAUGUUUCUCACGUACAGUACAUUUAACACGCAGUUUGAGAUGUCUGUUAAAACCAUUUGAUCACAUGUGGACUGCAGUUCGAUGUGGCAAAGAAAACCAAUAACCGUGCCAUUAUACAACAGUCGUUUUUGUCUUGGCUGGGCAGUUUAACCUGUACAUACAUAGCUGAGCGCUUACCGUCUCGGGCUUUUAUUUUUGUUUUUUUACUUUAAGAUGUGAUUUUCCUGUUACUGGAAGCCUGGAGACACCUUCAGUUUGACACCAGUGACUGUAGGAGCGUUUUUCACGCGGUGUAACUUGCGGUGGAUCCCCCGCCUGAGGUCGAGGCGUCUUCUGCCUCUGGCGGCCUCGAACUUUGAGAAUACAAACUGGGCAUCUCUGAACUGUGAAUGUGUGCAUGUGUGGAAUAAAAUAAAAUGUACCACCCAGCUAAUCCAGGCCGAUGCAAAAGUGACUCUUUCCACAAGCGCGGUACCUCAGACUGGAUGGUACCGCUUUCAAAGGGAUCUCUUAUUCUGGCGGGAAAGACACCGCGAGCUCCUCGCGCCUCUUCAGUCUUGCCGGCGUUCAUCCAGAUGCUCAGCGGUGGCAUUUUUGAAGGAGCUCCCUUUUCCUCGUGGACUUCUGCAUGGAGCGUCACACUUCAUAUCAGCCUGUUGGUCGCCUCAGACCUCCUUCCUGUUCGUCCAUUUUGACAGUGCCAUUUUUUUUCUUUUGGGUUUGUUUUUUUUGUUUUUUCCUCCACGAGGGUUGCAUCUGGUCAUUAAAAAAAAAAAAAAAAGACCCCCUUGUGUUUUUGUGUUUUCAUUUUGUUUUUCAAAGAUGUAUAACAAUGAAUGCACAUCAACUGACUGGAAAAGGACUCUAUGAACUCACUGUGGUUUAACUCAUUAACACUCUUACCAUGCUACGCUAACAGCUGUGGACAAUCGACGACUCCACCGUGUUGGGGUUUGGACAGAUAAUUUUGCCUAACGACACCUUUAACAGACGUGGAAUGGAGGUUUGCGAUCAAGAGGGCUUCUCUCUAUUUUUGUUUUGGGUUUUUUUGUUUGUUUUUGUUAAUUUUUUUUUGUUUGGGUCUUUUCUUCCAUCGAGACUGGAAUCAAGCGUACAUGUCAGCUAUAGAUAAUUUAAGUUACUCUUGUGUCAUGAUGUAAACUGUCUAAUUUGGAGAAAAAAAUGUAGCUUACUGAAAAAUAAAGAUUUAGGCACUGUUGAGGA